AUGGCCUCUUGCGAUGGACCCGAGCGGGAGAUGCCGUCCGGUGACUUGCUCGCCAAGAGGCUCAUGGAAGACUGCUGUCGUGUCGUCAUGCGCCGUCAGUUCGAAGUCCGGCUGAUCAAAGCUGAGUCUGCGAGACUAAGGUCGGAAACAUUCCUGAUGAUCUGCGAUCCUCGAAAUGCGCUGUCAGCCCACUGCGGGCUACUAUUCUCGGAGCGAACCACUUGGUCUCUCAGGGAUUGCGAAACCAUAGACAGCUCAUGUCAAAUCGAGUUUGGCGCCCUCACGCGAGGCAAAAAGUGCAGGUGGUCCGAUGGCACUGUUGACCGUCGUCCCGCACCGGUACCUGACGUUUGCGAUGACGCGCCGCAGUAGCGUUGUGCUGAGUCCACUCAUGCAUGCUAGAAUUGCUCCUGAACACCAGCUGACGCCGACUGAAGUGAUGCUUGACGACGCGCGCAUUCGGGAAAGAUCUACCUGACACGUCAGAUGUUCUCGUCUCCCUGACACCGCCUCGCAGCAUUCAAAUUUGCACGAAUGAUGCUGUGGCUUCUCUUCGGCCUGUCCAUAUCUCUUUUACAUUCGACAACGGCAUAUCCAGGCCAUCCAGUCGCUUCGAGAUUCUUUUGCUUCGAAACGACGCCUUGCCGGAUGACGUGCUCAAGCGUCAGGGAGCUUG